GACCUUCUCAAUGGGACUUGGGACUAAAGUCAACUGUUUCCAAUCACUUAAGUGCUUUGAAAACAGAAUUUGCCAGAUACGAUUUGGCUUUAAUUAAAACGAGUUUGAAAAUCUCUUUAACAGUGAUAAAAUUAUUGUAGUUUAGUGAAUAAUUAAGACAAUGUUCGACGACGUAAAAAGAAAGUUUGAAACUGAAGGUUUCGCGGUCAUUGAAAAUUUAUUCACACCAGAAGAAGUGGAAGAAAUGAAAAAUGAAGCACAAAACCUUAUAAAAUCUAUGCCAGGCGAAUCAAAGAGAACAGUAUUCAGUACAACACAUUCUGAGUCACAACAAAACAAAGACAAGUAUUUCUUAGACAGCGGUGAUAAAAUAGCUUAUUUCUACGAGCAAGGAGCUCUAGGACCAAAUGGAGAACUACUGGUAGAGCCGGAAAAUUCACUGAACAAAAUAGGCCACGCUCUUCACGAACUUAAUCCUGUUUUCAAGAAGCACACGUUUUCCGAAAAAAUAAAAGAGGCUGCUUUUCAAUUAGGUUUCGAAGAACCAGUUAUCCCACAGAGCAUGUACAUCUUCAAAAAUCCAAAGAUUGGAAGUGAAGUAACUGCUCACCAAGAUGCCUCAUAUCUACACACCGACCCUCUGAAAGUAGCUGGCUUCUGGAUAGCUCUGGAUGAUGCCACUGUAGAAAACGGUUGCUUGUGGUUCUCUAGGAGGUCUCAUAACGGUGGAAUCCAUAGGCGAUUCAUCAGAAAUCCUGAUCCAAAUGCGGAUGAGCUGCUGAUAUAUAACUCAGCUGCUCCUUAUUAUCAAAAAAGUAGUUUUUCUCCAGUUCCAGUUACCAAAGGUAGUUGUAUCUUAAUACACGGCCAAGUAGUACACUACAGCGAAGCAAAUAAGUCAGAUAAGUCAAGACACGCCUAUACCUUCCACAUUGUAGAAAGCAAGAACACUACAUACUCCAAAGACAAUUGGUUGCAGCCCACAAACAGGCAGUUUUUAAAUCUGUACAGAAACUAAUUUGCCAUUAUCUACCGUUAAUUAUUUAGGUGUACAAAUUGUUAAAUAAAGGAUAUUUUUCAAA